CACAUUUGACCGACUGUCCCCGAAGGCACCGUGGAAGACGCGCCUUACGUAGCAGUCACGUGUUUGCGUCAACAGAAACAAACAUGGCGCCGCGAAAGUGAGGAAAACUCUGAUGUCCAAGUUCGUAUGUCCCAGACAGAUGAGAGGGGAAAAAAAAGACAAGUCAUCUUCAUCUUGUUCUUCUUCUUCUUCUUCAUCGUCAUCAUCAUCAUCAGUUUCUUAGGAGCAGACCAAGAUGGCUCUAAGGAAGCAAAUACUGAAGGAUACCAGCGACAUUCCCUGUGGAAGCCAACAGGUAGACAACAACUCACAGGAGGACGACGACGACGAAGACAACAAUGAGGAGCUCUUGUCAUCAUUAACAACAAAAAAACGCAAGAUAGAGAGGGAAAACAAAUCCAAACAAGAGAUGACGGAGGAGGAGAUGAUGGACUUGGCUCUGCGUCUGAGCGAACAGGAAGCCAGCGUCACGGCGCUCAGACAGCAGCAAGAGGAGGAGGCCAUGAUGAAAGCCAUCCAAGAGAGCAUUGUCAGUCAGACACAACCCAGCCCGGCGUCCCAAAGUCAGAGCCUGCUGGACGAUGCAGAGGCUUCACCCGGCGUCUGCUCCCGACGGAAACUCCUGUACUCAGGCAGGAAGACGGCGUCUGCCAUCGACCAGGGAGCGUCAGCGGACAUCCGCACAGCAGAGACCGACCUGAACCAAGGAGCCAAAGGAACUGGAGGUGAAAGUAAUACCUUGAGAAAAAAGUUGAAAAGGAAAGAAGGAAGCCCUCUGCUGGAGAUGCCAGAUUUGUCACAGUCUCAGAAAAUCUCCGCUCAGGAUUCCCCCGGCAGCUCAGACUGCCUGUCAGCGCCUCUGGACUCCCCACAGAGCUCCGACUCGACCCAGAUCGAGGACUGCCAGCCCCCUAAAUCCCCCGUCUUCCCCUCGCCGGGCUGCAGAGCCAAGGUCCUCGUCCCGCGGCUGAGCCAGGACCUGCUGCAGACCUGCAGGAGCUCAGGGUUUGUGUUGUGCUCUCAGGACACUUUGACCUCCACACGAGAGUCUCCGUCUGCUCCACGCAAGAGCCCGACGUUCCCAAAGAGCCCCAAACUCUCCAGUAAACUCUCCAGUAAGCUCCCACUGUGCAGGAGUCCUCUCUUCUCCGACCUCGAUGAGGGAGACGAUGGAGAGUAUUUUAAAAGUCCAGUGUUUGGCUGGAAUACUCAAAACAAGACGUCUGCAAGUGCCUGCAAACCCCAAGACCGUAAAUCGGGGUUCACGUUUUCCUCCCAGGAUAGUUUAACCCCCUCUGUGAGGUCCACUUCCUGUCCGCCCAAGAGCCCAGUAUUCCCAAGAAGUCCCGGCCUUCCCAAUAACCCCCAUCCCUCGGAAAGAUCAGCAACCUGCAGGAGUCCUGUGUCCUCAGAGACCGACGGAGGACAGGCAGAGCAGAGUCAGGGAUUUUGUAAAAGCCCAGUGUUCGGCAGGACUGGACAACGAGAACAUAUGAAUGUUGAUGUGCAGACACACUCCUCGGGUUCAGGAAGUGAAGGGAAUUCAACCCCUACCAGGGAUCCGUCUCAGAGUCUGGACAGCAAGCCAGACCACAAUCCAGAUCUCAGGUUGAAUAAGGCAUUUCUGUCAGAUAACACAGAGCAUGAAAUAUGUAAAGAGGGAAACUCGGCAGAGUCGGAGCUGACCAGUGAUAUGGUGUUACUCUGGUCUGGAGAGGACAACGACGUCACGCCGACGGGGUCUCUCAGCCCGGUCUUCCCAGAGGAGAGACCUCUUCAUCAGGCAGAAAGUGAGACCGCCCCCCCGAACCAUGUGACCGCAGCUUCUCCAGGGACGAACAGCAGACCUUCUGCCUCUCCCACAUCAAGCGGCCGUCAGCAGCUUGUAGCCACAGAGCGACGUUUACAGCCAAUCAGCAGUGAGCCUGCAGAGGGGCCGACAGUGAGCUACUACUGGGGGGUUCCCUUCUGUCCACGAGGCCUGGACCCAGACAAAUACACGCAGGUGAUCAUGGCUCAGAUGGAGGUUUAUGAGAAGAGUCUGAAGCAGGCGCAGAGGUUCCUGCUGAGGAAGGCCGAGUGGGGGGGGGGCCGUCCUGCCACAGCCGGAGAAAUCCCCUUCACCGGAGUCAGCUCCUGAAUCACCUCCACAGCCGGUUCAACGAAGGAGUGGCCUCAGACUAAAAGGUAAAAAAGUGUUUGAAGAAGACGAUUCCUGUCCAGCCGAGGCAGAGGAGGAGGAUGAAGAGAAGCAGGAGGAGGAAGGAGAAAGUAAAAAAGAAGAGAAGGAGGAGAAGAAGGCAGAAGAAGGAGGACAUGUAGACACUGAUGAGGACUGUGAGGUUUGUCCAG